GGUGCUGAGAGUUUGAGAGCAGAAGAUGAAGCCCUGCUGGACUGUCCAAUAAGGAUUAUAGAGUUGACAAGGAAAACGAAAAGCUUGGACUGUUUUAUCUGAAAGUGAACUUUACAUAAAUACUUCAGGAUGCCUCGAUCCUUCUUGGUUAAGAAGCAUUUUAAUGCAGCUAAGAAACCCAACUACAGUGAACUGGAGAGUCCAACAGUGUUUAUUUCUCCAUACGUACUAAAAGCCCUUCCAGUGCCUGUUAUACCUCAGCCUGAAGUUUUAAGCCCAGUGGCAUACAGCCCCAUAACAAUCUGGACCGCCAGCAACCUUCCCCUCUCCCCCCUGCCCAGCGAUCUCUCCCCCAUAUCCGGAUACCCUUCUUCCCUCUCCGACACGUCCUCCAGCAAGGACCACAGCGGUUCGGAGAGCCCCAGAAGCGACGAAGAUGAGAGGAUACAGAAGCUCUCAGACGCCGAGAAGUUUCAGUGCAGUUUGUGUAAUAAAUCUUACAGCACGUAUUCUGGACUGGUGAAACAUAAGCAACUGCACUGUGACGCACAGACCAGGAAAUCUUUCAGCUGCAAGUACUGCGAGAAGGAAUACGUCAGCCUGGGCGCCCUAAAGAUGCACAUAAGGACACACACGUUGCCAUGCGUUUGCAAAAUGUGCGGUAAAGCUUUCUCCAGACCGUGGUUGCUUCAAGGACACAUUAGGACGCAUACAGGUGAGAAGCCCUUCUCGUGCCCCCACUGCAGUCGAGCAUUCGCAGAUCGAUCUAACCUCCGAGCCCACCUGCAAACCCACUCGGACGUGAAAAAAUACCAGUGCAAGAACUGCUCGAAAACCUUCUCCCGCAUGUCACUUCUGCACAAGCAUGAGGAAUCUGGAUGCUGCAUGGCGCACUGAGACAUCGGGAGAGCGCGCACACACCACAGGGCCUACAUUCACCAAGUGCCUGCUGAUCUGUGCAUGCUCGGAUAUGAAACGCAACCCCAAAGUGCUCUUCACGUUGACGAUUAAGAAAUGCACAGAAAUCCUGAAGUCCAAGCACAAAAGCUUUUUUAUACUGAGCUGCCUUAUGAGUUUGGUUCCUGGAGAACCACCAUCAAAUAAGAAAUAGGCACAGUUUGCUGGAUCUCUCUGAACUUGUUCUCAUGUGACUUAAACUAGAUUCAUUCAACGUGUCACGCGCCCAUCAUGCGGUUUUCAUAUAAACAGUGUUUUUCCUGUCUUUGUUGAGCUGGUGUACUGUACAUUUGUUUACAGUUAUUUACUGUUCGAGGGAUCACCGCCUCUCGGCUAAACGGUAAUUUAAGUGGUUGUGACUGAACUUCUUUUAAGGGUAUGACAGUCACUCGUGUUUCAUUAUGUAUGCUUUUCUAAAAGGGUCGGAUAUUUCAAGCCAUAGACGAACCAAUGAGACCAAAUGAAUAACUAAAGCCAUUUUUAAACAAGUAGGGAACAAGUGCAAAAGUAUUUAAACUGUUGUGUGGUCAUAACACAACAACAGCAGGAAUUAACCAGCACUCGGAUAUGCAAUACUUUGUGUCCAUCAGGAACUUUUUUGCCAUAUAAAUGUUUUGAAUGUAUAUGACACUGAUAUGAUUGUACUUUCUAUUUCAAAGUGUAAAUUGAUGGUAUGAUUUUGUACAAAAAAUAAAAUUUACACUU